GUCAGGAUCGCCCCACGACUCCCAGCAACACAACCACCCCGGGCACGUAUCGACCCAGCCGAUCGACACACUCCAGCUCGAGCCGUCUGAUUCCACCCCCCCCCGCAAGCAGCCUCUGCCGAUCGCUACAACCCACGUUUUCAUCCUCGUCGUUGUCCCAAGCCAAUGUUCCUCACAAGAUCCGAGUACGACCGCGGUGUCAACACUUUCUCGCCCGAGGGCCGUCUCUUCCAGGUCGAAUACGCCAUCGAGGCCAUCAAGCUUGGAUCAACCGCCGUCGGUAUCCAGACGUCCGAGGGCGUCAUCUUGGCUGUCGAAAAGCGAGUGACUUCGACGCUCAUGGAACCCAGCUCGGUCGAGAAGAUCAUGGAGAUCGAUUCGCACAUUGGCUGUGCCAUGUCUGGACUGGUUGCGGAUGCCCGAACCAUGGUCGACCACGCUCGGGUCGAGGCGCAAAACCAUACCUUUGUCUUCAACGAGAAAAUCAAGGUUGAGAGUCUGACCCAGGCCGUCUGUGACCUCGCUCUGCGAUUCGGCGAAGGCGCCGAUGGCCAGGAAUCCAUCAUGUCCCGUCCGUUUGGCGUCGCCCUUCUGAUUGCCGGCAUCGACGAAAAUGGCUGCCAGCUCUACCAUGCUGAUCCCUCGGGCACGUUCAGCCGCUACGAUGCCAAAGCUAUCGGCUCGGGCUCGGAGGGUGCCCAGACUGAGCUGCAGGAGCAGUACAACAAGUCGCUGACCCUGAAAGAAGCCGAAGUCCUGGCUCUCAAGGUGCUGAAGCAGGUCAUGGAAGAGAAGCUCACGGCCAGCAACGUCCAGGUCGCAUCGGUGACCCCACAGCGCGGCUUCCGGAUCCACGAGGAGUCUGAACUUACCGACACAGUCGCCUCGCUGGUCUAAACGGGAGAACAGCACAGUAGCCUCGGCAGCCUGCUCACGUCCACUUACCCCCAGCGGCCAUCCUGAAAACGACACACCUUGGUCUUGCCUGCCCCGCUUGCUACCCCCCCCCUCCUCAGCUUCACACACGCACCUACAUCCUCUCCGCAUGCGUCGACCAGCUCGCGCAGUCUGUCGAGCAUGGGCAGCGGCAUCAUCACAGAUCCAACAUUGCCCUGUGUUCCCACGCCUUGAUCCCUUUCCUCCUCGGCUGGUUCGCUCCAAUAUGAUCGAAAUUGACGAAA